CACGGAAGUAAGUUGCACGUGUGCUUUGGCUGUGUUGUCAAACAAAACUCGUGCCCUGAAAGCACAAACUAACGAUGACUCCUAUGUGAAGUAUGGCGGUGGUGAAUUUAUCAUUCGCUGCGGCUGGGUUUUUAGGAGCGUAUCAUCUGGGAGUAACAGAAGCGUUACUGAGACAUGGAGAUAAGCUGCUGUCCUCUUUAAAAGCCUGUGCUGGAGCUUCAGCUGGUGCUUUAGUGGCCACUGUGAUUGUCACUGCUCCUGACAAACUACAGGCUUGUAAGGAAUUCACCUACACUUUUGCCAGUAAUGUAAGGUGUCAGAGGUUUGGAGCUGUGACGCCAGGAUAUGACUUCAUGCUUGAACUGAGGGAGGGUAUCGAAGAGAUUCUCCCGCCCAAUGCCCACCAGUUAGCCAAUGAACGCCUCCAUGUUUCAAUAACACACUCAAAGACGCGCAAGAACAGCAUGGUGUCCAGCUUCACCUCGAGGGAAGAUCUCAUUAAGGUGCUCUUGGCCAGCUGCUUCGUGCCUGUCUAUGCUGGAGUGAAGCCAGUGGAGUUCCAAGGGCAGAAAUGGAUAGGGGGAUUCACAGACAGUCUUCCUAUUCUUCCUGUGGGACGCACAAUCACAGUGUCCCCAUUUAGCGGCCCUCAGGAUAUUUCCCCGGCACAUAAAGGCAUAAGUAACCUUCAUCUCAGACUGGCCAACAUGAGUGUUGUGUUCUCCAAAGACAACAUCACACGGCUGAACCAGGCUCUAUUUCCUCCCUCAUUACCCAGACUCAAAGCACUGGAACAGGAGGGAUACCAGGAUGCUUUUGACUUUUUAAAGAAAGAAAGAUGGAUACAGUAACAGAUUUUCUCAUUUUUUAGCUCUUUCAACACCCCGAAUGUCUAAAAUGUGACACAUUGACACCACUUUCCUCUUCUGUGCGCAGUAUUUGCCGUGUUUAGCGUAAUAAUCAUACUUUGAUUCGCUGUCUACUUUUAUUCUCCAGAUAAAAAAGCACAGUAAAAUGCAUCGUGUAUUUUGGGAGGCUGAAUGAUAGUGUCAUAAACAGUCAUUUUCUACUGCGCAGCUUUAAAAUAACUCCUGUUCUCAGGGCACUUCCAAUACACAGCGUUCCUUGCAGACGACUACAUCAGGUGUUUAAAAAAAUGCCAAAACUCUGUUUGUUGGAAUCUGUUUAUAAUGGUCUUUAAACCUCACUCAGUCCUAAGAACAACUCACCUUUCGCUAGCGCUUGCCGCACAUAUCAAUGCAAGGUUUCUGUAGGUCCUUGAGGACAACCAUAGAGAACGAGCCUUUGAAGUAAAACCACAGGAGAGAGCGUUUGAACUCCACGAGUCUCCUCACCUCACAGAACAAUCGCGUUACCUGCACUUGAUUCCACGAGAGAGUUAUGAUCAUAUUUCUGUCUGUGAGAAUAACGUCUCCCCGGGGAAGGUUUAAGGAUUAGCAAAGGCUUGUGGGUAUUUGUGAUGUGGCGGCGUAGAGAGAAACAGAGCUGACGUGCACACCCAGCUACGAGUUAUCCAAUCAUAUGGAAUAAAUAGUACAUUUUUGCAAUCAAGUAGCAAUUAUAUUGAUUUAGUGGAGUUAGAGUUGUCAAAAGAUAAAAGGAUAAUGCUCGUGUGAAAAUACAUCAGCUGUAAUUGGUCUUCAUUAGAAGGAAGAGGAAUGUUAUAAACUGAGCACCAUUAGCUUGAUAAAGUUGGAUGGUUUAGCACGUUGCUCGGCGGCAGCGCGGGACAUUUACAUCCGUCUUUAAAUGCAUGAUGCGCACAUUCACGUGCUGCGUUGAAUCUAAUGGAAGUUAUCGUAGAGACUUUUUUUUCUCAUACCUAAAAUGCGCUAUGUCAUGUUCAGUGUGCAUUUUCAGAUAUGCUGCGUUUCAGAUAUCAGCAUUUGUGAAAAGGAAUUGAAAGAUUGAUUGUUUAAAUAAAUGCAUGAUGUUUCAUAUAAUAAAUGCAGCACUGCAAUGCACUUUGUCCAAGGGAAUCCAUUUGUGCAAUUAAGCACCGGCUGGAUGCAUCUGAAUGGCUGCUAUAUUAAUGCAAUUACAGUAGAAUUACAGUCUUCACAUUGUUUUAGAGUGAAUCUGACCCCUCACAGAUUACCCUCUAAAGAGUAAUUCAGGACUCUGGGAUUAGUUUUGAUCAAUCAAGUCUGUAUUGAUUUGUAUUGUUCAGCUCUGUAUUUAUUUUUAAUAAUAGUUCUAUAGUUGAGCAUUUUAUUCCUAUUUAAAUAACUUACUUUUUUUUAGACAUGUCAACCUUCUGAUAACAUCAAACAGGAAACGGUAAAAAUGAAAUUGGAAUGGAAAAUAAAAUUGAAUAUAAAAAUGCUUUCUGUACAGAGUACCCAGCUAGGGAGGAGACGGUGAUGCAGCCUUGCCAUCGGUCAAUUUUCAGUGUUGAAACAAAAUGUACUAUUUGGUUGAUUUCUCAGAAUGUUAUUUGCAGGAAAAUAAAACAUCCAUUCAACACUAAAA